GAGUAUGGAGGCGAAGUGUAAAAACGCACGAUUCCUAACGAUAUAUUACUCCCUCUUGCUCUCCAUAAUCGCCUUUCCUUUUUGACAAUUGCACUUUUGGUUGCUUGGGGCUGUCUCGGGCAGUUCUAAUUUCAUAACCGACGUUCUUUGUUCAUUGUACCGACGCCAUUUAAGCUUUGACGCUGCCUUCCUUGAUUCCUUUCUAUACCAUGGAUUUCGAGAUGGAUUCCCAAAACACAGCACCAGGCUCAGUGCCGAGUGGAAAGCCGGGAGCGGCAAGGCGUGGACCAGACGCCGUAAGCACGACUAAGAGACUUCAAACAGAGCUCAUGCAGCUCAUGACAUCCUCCGCCCCGGGGAUCUCAGCAUUCCCCUCUGCUGAUGGAGACCUGCUCUCCUGGACUGCGACGAUCGAGGGCCCAGAUGACACUCCAUACGCCAACCUGAGCCUCAAACUGUCGUUUGCCUUCCCAUCCAACUACCCAUACGCCCCUCCCACUGUUCUCUUCAAGACGCCCAUCUACCACCCAAACGUGGACUUCUCAGGCAGGAUCUGUCUCGAUAUCCUCAAGGAUAAGUGGACGGCGGCGUACAACAUCCAGACUGUCCUCCUGAGUCUCCAGAGUUUGCUUGGAGAGCCGAACAAUGCGUCGCCAUUGAACGGUGAAGCUGCCGAGCUAUGGGACAAAGACCCGGCAGAGUUCCAGAAGAAGGUCACUGCCCGUCAUGUAGAUAUAGAUGACGAGUAGAUGAGGGGCUGGAGGACAUGGCUUUUUAUAAAGGGGAUUGUAUAAUUUUUGCGCUCCGGGCACCAGCAUUGGCAGCUGGUGAGAGUUAGAUGCAUUAUCACUGAUUGGCCACCGCUUGGGCCAUAAUACCCCUCUCAUAGCGACGCAUUUUGAAACGCAGGGAGUGUGGAGUACUGGGUUGGGCUUGGGGCAUAGAUAUGCGGAUGGUGGGCUAGGGAUAAUGCAACGAUGAUUCCCAGGAGAGAUUUUUAAGAUUACUGGAGCAUAUUGAGAAAUCC